AACCAGACGCAGCCGCAGCGGCAGUGGCCGCCCGGCGCGCUGCCUACACAGGAUCACAUCCUGGCGGGCCCGCGGGCACCAGUCGCUUCCUGCCCCAUCGUGGGGACCAGAGGCGCGCGAGGCUGCCAACAUUCCAGGAUUCCACGCAGUGCAGGGUGAGCGCCCCUCGGGUCUGGGGACAGUCAGCUGCAGGGUUAGGAGCACCCUCUGGGGUGCCCGAUGGGGCCUUCCAGAGGCGCAGGGCCGAAGUUGGGACCGCACGCAGCGCGCCCGUACUACCCAGUACGAUAUGCUGCCUACUGGGCGCAAUGGCACCGCGCAUCGGGCGCGGCUGGGUUUGCAGCGGCAGCUGGCACAGGCGGGCGCCCCGGGGGACUCGGCGGCCCCGCUGGGACCCGCGCAGGUGGUCAUCGCCGGCCUCCUCACUCUCCUCAUUGUCUGGACCUUGCUGGGCAAUGUGCUAGUGUGCGCAGCCAUCGUCCGCAGCCGCCACCUGCGCGCCAAGAUGACCAACAUCUUCAUCGUCUCUCUGGCUGUCUCAGACCUUUUCGUAGCGUUGCUGGUCAUGCCUUGGAAGGCUGUGGCUGAAGUUGCUGGAUACUGGCCCUUUGGGACAUUCUGCGACGUUUGGGUGGCCUUUGACAUCAUGUGCUCCACUGCCUCCAUCCUAAAUCUGUGUAUCAUCAGUGUAGACCGUUACUGGGCUAUUUCCAGGCCCUUCCGCUAUGAGCGUAAGAUGACCCAGCGUGUAGCCCUGGUCAUGGUGGGCCUGGCCUGGACCUUGUCCGUCCUCAUCUCCUUCAUCCCGGUCCAACUCAACUGGCAUAGAGACAAGGCAGGCUCCCAGGAACCAGAGGGCCUGCCGUCCAAUGGGACACCCUGGGAAGAAGGCUGGGAGCGAGAAGGGAGGACAGAGAACUGUGACUCCAGCCUCAACCGAACCUACGCCAUCUCCUCGUCGCUCAUCAGCUUCUACAUCCCGGUGGCCAUCAUGAUCGUGACCUACACGCGCAUCUACCGCAUUGCACAGGUGCAGAUCCGCCGCAUCUCCUCCCUGGAGAGGGCAGCUGAGCAUGCACAGAGUUGUCGGAGCCGCGGGGCCUGUGAACCUGACCCCAGCUUGCGAGCGUCCAUCAAGAAGGAGACCAAGGUCUUCAAAACCCUAUCAGUGAUCAUGGGGGUCUUCGUAUGCUGCUGGUUGCCUUUCUUCGUCCUGAACUGCAUGGUUCCUUUUUGCAACAGUGGAGAUGCCCAGGGCCCAAGACCUGGCUUCCCUUGUGUCAGCGAGACCACCUUCGACGUGUUUGUCUGGUUCGGCUGGGCCAAUUCCUCUCUCAACCCCAUCAUCUAUGCCUUCAACGCAGACUUUCGGAAGGUGUUCGCCCAGCUACUGGGGUGUAGCCAUCUCUGCUUCAGGACCCCGGUGCAGACGGUAAACAUCAGUAAUGAACUCAUUUCUUACAACCAAGACACUGUCUUCCACAAGGAGAUCGCUGCUGCCUAUGUCCACAUGAUCCCCAAUGCCGUGUCCUCCGGAGACAGGAACGUGGGCGAGGAGGAUGAGGAUGAGGAGGGGCCUUUCGAUCACAUGUCUCAAAUCUCUCCAACGACCCCAGAUGGUGACCCGGCUGCUGAGUCCGUCUGGGAGCUUGACUGUGAGGAGGAGGUUUCCUUAGGCAAAAUCUCACCUCUCACCCCCAAUUGCUUUCAUAAAACGGCUUAGAAACACCAUCAUGGGCAUAAACAAUUGCAGCCAUAUUUAUACACAUACACACAAA